AUGCGUCACACUCUGCUAUUGCUGGUGCCGCUGCUCUGCUGCUUUUCUGGCUCUGUUGCCGUCGCUGAGCAUCACUGCAUCUCCGAAGAAAUUGAAAACAAGGUUGGCCCCCGGACGACAGCAGUGGUGCUGGAGCUGCCAACUCGGGAAAGUGGAAUGAUGCGGGCGAUGACUGCCUCGGCUCCCGAAUGGGCGCCCAUCCGCUUUAAGGCCUUCACGGAGGAUCUGAACAAUCCCUUAAAAUACUGCACCGCUGAGGGGCAGAUUCGUCCGGACUUUACUGGGGGAACUGUUGUGUGUAGAAAAGAGGAUAUUUUGACGAAGGAAAAAAAGUCCAUCAUAUUGAAAUCCCUUAUUCCCCGAGCACUUAAAAUGCAUACGGAUCGUCUCCUUGUUGAACCUCUCACGGGCUACCUUAUUGUACCAGAGUUCUUGUUAGGUACAUGCGCCGAGUUUACAAUACCCAGCUCCCACCACACAGUGGGUGUUUUUGGUGCGGACAUGCUAUUGUAUGUCUCCGCUGGCUCGACAAAGGGUUCCUCUCUUGCGUGGGCUACUUCAUGCUCUCGCUUAGCCGACGGGCGUCCCGUUGCCGGAGUGGUGAAUUAUGACCCGAGCUUUGUCACUGAUUCGGAGUACAGUGUUCGUGUUUCAGCGCAUGAGAUUGCACAUGCUCUUGGGUUUAUCAUGAAAACAAUGAAAAAACGCAAUAUGUUGACAGAGGUUGAGGGCGUGCGUGGCAAGGCAAAGGUGCUUCAGGUGUCGUCACCCAAGACGGUGGAGAAGACUCG